AUGGAAAACAACAAGAAUUCAAGUGAUUAUGAUGAUGAUGACUAUAUUGGAAGUGAUUGUAAGUUAGGUAGUUUUAGUGAUGGUGAUUAUGAGUUCAGUGAGCAUGCUACUAAUGUUGAAAAAUUUGAACAUAAUGUGGAUUUGGAUUGGACAACUGCCAUGCAAUAUGAUGAGGAUGUUGAUAGGGCUAGACAUUCUGAUGAGGAUGAUGAUUCUGAUGUGUUGUAUACACCUAAUGAGAGUGGUAGUGAUGAGGAACAUGAGAAAUUUCCUUCUUAUAAAAGUGGUGAGUCAUUAAAGUUUGAGUUAGGUAUGGUGUUUAGCAACAAACAAAUGGAGAGGGAUGCCUUAAAACAAUAUGUUGUGGGAGAAGAACAAAAAAUGUUAUCAUUAAGAAAAAUGAUGCAAAGAGAAUGUUCUAGAACUACAUGUAACAUGCAAGAAAAGGCUACAUGGUUGGCUAAGAAGUUUGGUCACAUUCUAAGACACAACAUUGACAUGAAGCCAGCAGGAUUGAUUGCUCAUUAUCUUGAAAGACGAGGAGUGAUUUUGUCACAUGAUCAUACUUAUAGAGCUAAAAGAAAGGUUGUGGAUCUAUUACAAGGUGCUGGCCUUAUGUUUGAGAGAAUUUAUGUAUGUUUAGAGGCUUGCAAGCAUGAUUUUGCUAAAUACUGUAGGCCAUUAAUAGGGUUGGAUGCUUGUUUUUUGAAAGGUGACUUUGGUGGACAAUUGAUGGAAGUUGUGGGGAGAGAUGGAAAUAACAAGGUUUUUCCUAUUGCAUAUGCUAUUAUGGAGGUUGAGACAAAAGAUUCUUGGGAUUGGUUCAUCGAACUUCUAUUAGAAGACUUGAAAGUUAUAAACCAAAGGGCUUCACUAGCAAUUAAAAGUGUGAGUGCUCAUAUUAAGCAACGCCUUUGUGUGAAGCAUCUAUAUGGGAAUUGGAAGAGGAAAAAUCAUGGGCUUUAA